AGCGAAAGAGGAUAUUCUGAGCGCUAUCGAGGGACGUUGCUCCUCGCUUGUUUUUUGUAGUACUAAGUAAUAUAGUGAAAACCAGAACCACUUGCGAGAAAAACAUUUCCUAGAAAAUACAAAAGGUGCUAUACAAAGACCAUUACCACCAGGACCAGCAACACGUAGCUCAGAAUUGAGAUUGCAGCCCUAAGUCAAACAGAUGCUAGCGAAAGAAUUGGCGGGUGUGGCCUAAAUAGACAACCAGAGCCAUUAUGCCGCUGUCUGGAUGACGGCUUUCUCGAAAACGAUGACCAGAGGAUUAGCAACUUCAGUACUGCGCCGCACGACCGCAGCAGCGGCUUUGGCGGGAACAGCGGGCGGUUACAUACAUGGCGUUGGGGAACGUAAACCGAAACUUGGCACAACCGCAUCGCAGAUGACGGGACAAAAAACCAAGCAGGGCCAUGAUAACAGUUAUGUCAAAUCUGAGAAAGCAAUAGCAAAUGCAAACCUGGCGCGACUGGGAAAUUUGCAGUAUGGAAAACGAAAAGCUGCGGAUGAGGCAAGAUUACCAAAUGCAAAUGUGUCUUGGUCUGGAAAGAGUGGAAGUUGUGAUGCUGACUACCGGUGAAACAAAAGCUCUAUGUUUGCAUUGCAUGAGCACAAAAACGAGAUACUCAUACACUUGCCUCCCGAAGAGGGCAUUUAUUCUCAUGGAGGAUAGGCAUGAGGAGGCCUUCGCCCAAGCCCGACCUGUGAUGCUAAAGCAUGCAAGACCAAGAGCAUGACUGACGUGACAUCGUGCGCGAUGCAAUGAAAUCUGCAUGACUUGACAAUACAAUCCCAAAAUCUCCCAGACCCAGAAGUUCAAGUCCGUUCUCUUCCCUGUGCUGUGCAAAGGUCUUGUUUCCCAGACAAAACGCCAGACAUAUUUGCAAUGCAUCAAGACCUUCCAUACCUCUGCCAAGCCUUGUUGUCCUCAGCCGAGUGCUUGUUGGCGGGAAGGACAAACUACAUCCAGGGGAGCACGAACUCAUCGAAAAUUACCUCCCGGACCUACAAAAGCUAGCGGAAAAAAAAGCGCCGCCGGGUGGUAGUAAUCUGGACGCGGAUUUUGCGUUUGCUUAUGUACUGGCACCUGAUACCGCACUGGCCUUCUCACAGCUACCGAAAAGAGAUGCCCUUCGGCCGUACCUGGUGUGGAUGCACGGCCUGUGGUGCGUUCCAGGCAAAAACUCACAGACGACGAUGAUCCGCCUCGGGCAAGAUCUUUGCCGCGGAGCUGCUUCUCCGCUUUCGUCCGCGGAACGGGUCGCCCUCGCAGAAUGUUUUCAGCGCAAGGACUUCCUUUUUGAGCUUUGA